AGAUUUUAUUCUCACAAGUGGAGCACUAUCGCUUUCGCCAUAGUGCCCUGCGGGAUUUACAUAUGUAAAUAGUUUUAUUAUAGUUUCUGUAGGGGAUAGUUCAUGCUAUGUGGACAUUACAAAAAAUAAAAUAAAAAAUGGAGAAAAGGUGAAACAAAGAGAGAUAUUGACAAAACUACAUCAGCUUGCUUCAUUAUUAAUAUCUUUUUAACAGUGGGAUAAUAGCAGCUGGAAUGCAUGCAUGUUCUUUCUCCAAACUUAUCCAGUUUUUAAAAAAAAAACUUAAAUCUAAUAGGAUCGAAUAGAAAUCCUGGUUUAACUUUGUGUUCUUAAUUGAGCAAAGCCAGCCCAUCUAAGAGGGAGUGGUUACGUUUAAGAGGCAGAAACUCAAAGACCAGAUUCAAUAGUCAUUAGUGUGACACAGAGACAGGUACAGCAGGUAUUUUUCUUGUUAACCUUAGUCAGUCAGCAAAAUGUUUUCUUUAGAUGGAGUAGAAGAUAUGGACACCUGGGACACUCCAUGGUAUUGGUAUUAUCUGGAAGAUUGUGGCAGGUGGCACAGGUUUGAGGAUGAGCCCAGUAACCCUGUUAGGAGUGAGGACAUAGAGAAAUAUUAUCUGAUGGAUCCAAAAUCCUCCUUUUAUUUAAAUUCAGAGAGCUACAAAAUCAAGAUAGAUUUUUCAGGAAUGCUGCAGACAGACCUCACCACAGGAAGGCAAAGAAGAAUCCAACGGCACAAUCUUGAGAAAUGCUGUUCCUGUUCAUGUUCACCACCUAUUUUCUGGGAACAAUUUAAUCCUAUGGUUCCUUACCAGCUGAUCCCUUUGAGUAAGCUCACCCCAGAGUAUAAGACGGUGGCAAGCUAUACAACGAAUGAGGGUCGUCUGAGCAGUUCCAUUGUAUCUAUAAGCAGGAUACAGAAUUUGGACCUCUGGGAAAUUUUUUGUAGGAAAAAAAAACAGUUAAUGAGGAUUCAAAAUGUUACUGAGAUUCCAGAGAGACGCCUUUUUCAUGGGACUGACACUAAAAAUGUAGACAGUAUUUGCAAGUAUAACUUUGAUUUACGGAUACCUAAAAAGAAUGGAAGAUCAUGUGGCAAUGGUAUAUAUUUUGCUGUCGAGGCAUUAUAUGCAGGCCGUUACAGCAGCAACAGCACGACUUCGCAGCAUAAUGGAAACACUAAACCCAUUUUUCUUGCCCGAGUCUUGGUUGGGAAAUUUAAACUUGGACGAUCAAGUAUGCAAAAGCCAGAUGAUGAAAACCAGUACCUCAGUUGUGUCAAUGAUAUUAAUCAUCCCAAACUAUUUGUUAUAUUUGAUCCAAAUCAAAUAUAUCCAGAAUAUCUUAUUGAGUACCAAUAAACUUAAUUAGCUCUAUU